AUGGAUGUCCUCGAUUAUGCUUCUCCUGCUGUAAAUGAGCUAGAUCUCUGCGCGACUUCACUACUUGUCACUCCUAGCAAGCCACCUGCUCACAAAAAAGGUAAAUCUUCAAGUCCAAACGAGCAGGCCGACUCUGCCAUCAUUUCCACACUCUCCUCGUUGAUCAAUACUCGGUCUGACGCACUUGAAGGAAUGAUUAGCGCCAAUGCUCUGAAGAUAGAAGGGCUGAAGAAAACGGUAGACUUUGUGUGUGCCGAAGUACAAGAUCUAAAGAAGAAUGUGAAAGAUGUAGAUUCCAGACUUAAAGAUCAAGAACGUCUCACGGGCACCUGGAUAACACGCAUUUCUGAUCUAGAGAGAUACUCUCGCAGGUGGAAUUUGAGAUUGUUUGGAGUGCCUGAGACUUUCAAGGAAGAUAUAAGAUCCGAGGUCAUUCGAAUCUGCAGCGAGACUUAUCCCGAGGCCAAGAGCAAGUACCCUGAUGUUGUUGACACUGUGCAUCGGUUAGGGAGGAGAGGUGACAACACAAAACCUCACACCGUUAUCAUGCACGUCACCUCACGGGUUAUCCGCGAUGCCUUAUGGAAAACUGCCAAGAAGUCCCAGUUUCUCAAAGACAACAACCUGCGCUUCGCAGAGGAUCUGACUUCGCUGGAUCGGGAGAGACGGAAGAGCUUGUGGCCCAGAGUGAGAGAGGCGAGGGCUGCUGGAAAAAUGGCCUAUUACGUCGGAGCGCGUGCGUUCAUUGAAGGUGUGGAGAUUACUUUGUGA